GUCAAGGAAAAUCCAACAGGGCUUAAAGACGUGUUUUGUAUGUCACCCUUUCCUCUUACUGUGGAUUCCUUUCAGAAAUUGCUGAGGAUAAACUAUUCACAUCCUAGUGGCAACAGAGGCAAUCAGGCAAGAGAGGGGGAAGAGUUUUUGGACAACCUGGAUCAGUCUGAUCCACAGGGACUUCUCCUGCAGCUUUUAAUUUUUAUAACGGGUGCUGACAACAGUCCCGGUUUGGGAUUUCCCAAAAAUAUUGACAUAGAUUUUUUUGAUGUAGAACUCAGGUCACAUCGUUUUCCUAUGGCUUCCACUUGCGGCCUACAAUUGCAAUUACCAAGAGGCAUUCAUUCCUUUGAUGAAUUUGAGGGACUUAUUGUUCGAGCUUUAAAAGAGAGGUCUCAUGGUUUUGGUAAAAUUUAG